AUGCGUCGACAAGGAAAAUCAUUGAUAUUUUUCAUCCUUCGAGAUGGUACUGGUUUCCUUCAAGUACUACUCAUGGAUAAACUAUGCCAGACGUAUGACGCUCUCACUGUGAAUACUGAUUGCACGGUUGAGAUAUACGGUACAAUAAAGGAAGUUCCGGAAGGUAAAGAGGCACCGAAUGGGCAUGAGUUAAUAGCUGAUUUCUGA